AUGGUUUUAGGAUUACCGAGGCAUUUCCACAACAAAAUAUCCCAAAAUGCACUUGACUCGCACAGCAAACAACGUCAGUUCCCAUUCCCUCCCCCUAGCAACAGAGGCAAGAUGGCGGCGCCCAGUAACGCGGAUCAGUCUCCCGAAGUAACGAUGCCAUUAAAGAUCCCAAAAACUGAAGUUCCAUCCCCAGAAUCGGAGGACUUGAGUGACGGCAAUCAAUACCAUUCCAACCCCUCCACGCCCAACAGAUUUUCCCCUCUCAAUGUUGGCAAUACCAUGUCGGGGGGCGCAGGCCGAAGUGGAUCGGCCUCUGCCUCUAACAGCUUCACCGCCUGCCGGGGUAUGUCCUGGACCCCGUCCGAAACAAAUGCCCUCAUCGCUGUAUGGGGAAACGAGAGGUUAACGGAGGCACGGAUGCAACAGCUUGAAGUUGCGGGGACUGUUUUCUCUGGUAAAGCCCCAGGACCAGCAAUGUACGAACGGGUAUCAAGAGCUCUGUCAGAGCUCGGCUAUGAAAGGACUCCCUCUCAAUGUAGAGAGAGAAUGAAGACGUUGCGGCGCUGCUACAGCCGAGUGAAGGAACACGGCAUCGGGAAGAGGAAGAGCAGCUACUCCAUCGAGCAGCUGGAGAAGGUGUUUGGCCAGGGAGGCUGGGACUCCCAGACCUGCCAGCCGGUCCUCAUCAACAGCAGCGGGCUGUACCAGGAGAUGGAGUCCGACGGCAGCACCAUGGAGGACUACUCUCAGGAAGAGUGGUGCAACCAGGAGCUCUCCGCUGUCUUCCAGGAGGGAGAGGUAGAGGCAGAUGAGGUCCCACUGCCAAAGUACAGAGUGCUACAGCCACGGCCGGAGCCCACUGUGCAGAUGCAGAAACAGGAAGUGAUGCAGAACGUGGUGCGCAUCCUGGAGUCGGUGGACAUUAAGUGGGAGCACUUCCAGACGUGGACGGACUUCUCCCGCCUGCACCUGUCCAACAAGCUGGCCAUUUUCGGCGUGGGCUACAACACGCGGUGGCGCGAGGACAUCCGCUACCACUACGCCGAGAUCAGCUCGCAGGUGCCCCUGGGCAAGCGGCUGCGCGAGUACUUCAACCCAGAGAAGCCAGAGGGCCGCGUCAUCAUGACCAAGGUUCAGAAGAUGAACUGGAAGAAUGUCUACUACAAGUUCCUGGACAUCACCAUCAGCGAGGCGCGCUGCCUGGAGCUCCACAUGGAGGUGGACUGGAUCCCCAUCGCGCAGUCCAGGGCGGCCGGCUGCAGCAACGGCUCCCAGUACCUACUGCCAGGAGGCAUCCCCAAAACCUACGGACUCUACGCCGUCGGCUACGAGGAGGUGAGCCAGCCGAUGUCUCCGUGCAUGGAAGACUCCGUGUGCCUGUCCCCGUCUCCGGAGAGCGGAACGGACGGGACGAGUCCGUCUCGGUCGGAGCGCGCCGGGUUGGGGCGCGAGGAGAGGACACGUCCCAAAGUAACGUACUGCUACCUCGGCAUUUCGGAGGAGAAGACCCUCCAGCAGUGCCUCUUUCAGCACUUUCAGACUGCGGGGAAACACUACAGCAGGGGCGAGCCCUCUGCUGUUAACAGGUUCCUGCAGGCCAACUGCAGUGGUCCCUCCAAGCCUGAGGGGGUGCCAUGCUCAGCCAUCUACAUAAAAUUCAUUGAGGUGGAGUUGGACUUUCUCUCCGCAGGCUCUUUAGUGGAAUGUUUAGAGAUAGCUGUGGGCUACCCCUUAAAGUAUAACAAGAAGGAGACAUUGUAACUUUAGAUAAACAAUCAGCUAAACUAUGGGGCACGUGAAGGUUGUGUUUAAAGAGUUCCAUCUGGCCAGUGAGUGUUUUUUUCCGUUUUUUUCCUCUCAUAAAUGCACUAUAUAACAUGAGGAUGAACACACAUAAACAUUCAACAGUUGAACUGCUAGUAAACAUUUAUUGUUCAAUGUUUGUGCUUGUUUUUAUGUUACAUACGUAAACAUGAACAAAAGAACAAAAAAACACUUAGUGCCCAGAAAUGCCUUGAUACAUACAUUUCAUUGGACCUAAUACUUUUGUGCAGUACUGUAGGUUUAUAUUGUUUUUCAACUGACUCAAGGAUGUACUCGACAAGGGCAGGAAGUACAAAUGUAAUUUCCACAGAGCUGGUGUUCUCUCUCUUUUCCCUGUUUGUUUAUUUUAUUUUGUUUAUUUAUUUUUGUCUUGUUUUCGUUUGUUUAUUCUUUGUUUUAAUUGUUGCCUAUGCGGAUCGAAAACUUUGCCUUUUUUCUUUUAGUGUGGCCAAAGAGGUCGCUUUGAUUUCCUUUCCUUACUGCCUUCGUUUUCCUUUCAAUUUCAGACAAAGAGAAAUACCUAUUCACCACUGAGGACUCGGAGAAACUAUAAAUUAAUAUACAUUAAAUAUAAAAAUUCUAUUGAGUAUAUAUUUAAGACUAUAUAUUAAUGUUGUUAAGUGUAAGCAUUCCAGCAUUUCCAAACAUGACAUACAAAUUUUUACAUUUGGUUUGUCAUAUGAACAUUGAAAUGUGCGCGUAUGAGAGAAAGAGUGAGUGAGUGAGUGAGUGAGUGAGAGAGAGUAGGUAAGCAUGCAAGAGUGUAUGUUUGUGGGAUGUGUGUACAGUAUACACACAAGAAAUGUUUUUGAUAUUUGUUAACAGACAGUGUCUUUGUGUAUUGUUCCCAGGUCACAGUCUUGUAUGUUUACAUUUUUUUUGUUUGGGGGGGGGGGGCAGUACAUAAUUUGGGCACUGAAAGGUUAUCCGACAUUAUGACAUGAAUUGUUUUGUUUUUCCUUGGGACAAGUAUUCAGAACGGGUAAAAUAAACUUGUCAGUAUUGUUUCAACAUGUCAAA